CAGGUUGAACCAGCUGGAGUUCUUUGCCGAUCCUUGUAUGCGCGUGGACAUCAUCGGAUGUACGAGAGCCAAUACUGUCGGGGUUGACUCUUUGACUAUUCCGCUUGAGACUGACUUCGCACCCUACAGCCACAUUCUAUUUUUCAUGGCCUCUUACCUGCAGGAGCAAAGCACACCGUUCUCGUACUUGCUUCCGGACGAGGAUGGCCGUGUGACAGAUCUGGUGUUCAUCGACCAAGACUUGGACCAUGAAGAACUUGGUGGUGCAGUGACUUGGACACCGCCGCCAGUUCUCACUGAGAACAUUGUGGCCUAUAGGGUUGUCUUCUCUCAAGACACUAUGGGUGUGGUGGACCGGCGAGAUAUUGUGGAAGAGCCUGGUACUGCUCUCUCCUCCACGAUUCCAGAGAACACCGCCAUCUUGCAGUCCACAUACUUGGCAGUUUUCACUCGUUCAAGUUCUACAGAGGGAAGUACUCCCACAGCCAUCGAGCUUGUUGACAGUGCGGUGAAUGUCAGCAAUGUAUCGUUUGUUGACUAUGACCUGGAUGAUGACCACAUUGCUGGAGUUCUCACUUAUGACCCUCCGGAAGACACUUCUGUAGUGACACAUUUUGUUCUGUACUUGGCCCGUCAGGUGAAUGGCAUUUUCGAACGGGCACCAUAUGCUUUCAACGUCUCCUACGACAAUCUCCAGGAGGCGACAUCAUUCGCCACCAGCACCCAGGUUGGAGAAGAUUGGAACGAGACAAAUGCGACAUCCUCCACAACCACUGGUACUAGCACAACCAGCAGCUCAACAACAUCCACCACAACUGUUGCCUCCAUUUCAGACACUCAGAGGCUUGAGAUUCCUUGUGACACAGAGCUUUUGGGCUACACCCACAUGCUGAUCUACUGUGCCACUCCUUUUGCUGAGCAGACCUAUCCUGUGAUCGUGGAACUGGACAACGCAUACUCGAAAGUGGCAAACAUCAGUUACUUUGCAGAGGAUUUGAACUUGGACAAUUUGGAGGGCAGCAUCGAAUGGGAUCACCCUGAUGAAUAUUCCAAAGUCUUGGUCUACCAAGUAAAGCUCCAGGAUGCGGCUGGGGGUUCUGAUUUGCUCCUGCGGGCAAAUUUGGUACAGGAGAGCACCAAUGUCACUGUUCCCUCAAUUGCCAGAGGCAUCUAUGAGCGAAUUGCUAUUUACUCGGAAUCACAACUCUGUGUCUCUACGUAUCCUGGUACAUUGACAUUGGAGGGCGCCACUUUGGACUUUUCCGUCUCCGACUUGAUCUUAAUAGAUCUUGACCUCGAUGAAGGUGAGAUUGGCGGUGACCUCACCUGGCAAAUUCCAAGGACCAUUGGCCCCGUUGUCAAGUACUCUCUCUACUUGGCCACAUCCGCUACUGGAGACGACCGCUUCUUUUUGAGCGAGCUAUCUCCAUCCACAGCAUCAUACUCUUUUGCUGCGGGCUUCUUCUUGGGGUUUAAUGACACUGAAGUGAUAGGUACAACGAGCACUCGAACAACCACUCAAACAGGAAACUCCACCGACUGGGUGGACUUGGGUCCACACAUCUUUCCACAGGCCAAAAUGACUUAUCUUCUUGUUUACUCGCACUCUGCCUCUGUGGAGAUGAGGACCCCAACAGCCUUUGAGAUCGCAGACGCGAAUGCAAGCGUGUCCAACAUUAGCUUCCCCGAUGAAGACCUGGAUGUAAACGAAGUCGGAGGAACGGUCACCUGGGAUGAGCCGGAGCACUUUCUGGAUGUGGUCUCAGCCUACAGGGUUUUCAUUGCAAUGAAUCAGCGGGGUCUUGACAGGAUAUCUGCAGCUGCAGAGGUGUCAGUUGGUACAUCGGAGGCAAGCGUGGCCGCCGAUACAGCGCUACCAUAUUGUGACUACACUGCGGGUGUGCGACCCUGCAUUCUACAACCAACACAGCCGACAACCGUUUUGGUGCACACGGUUUCAAGCCUGGAAGAACAGACGACGCCUACAUGGAAGAAUGUUAGCGACACCAACUUUCAGGUGAGCAAUUUGAACAUCGAUGAUCUCGACUUGGACCUUGGCGAGAUUGGUGGAACCGUUGUGUGGGACGUAUCUGUACCAGAAGCUCUUGUCACCCACUACAAUCUCUACUUUGGCCGGCUUACGCACAGUUAUGGUACUGAUGACUGGGGUGGCUGGGAGCUUUGGACACCAACAAAGGACCAGCUGAAAGGCACCACCAUGUGGUGGAACUUUGUGGAAUUGCCAGCGGAGACAUCGAUAGCUCCCAGUGACUACUUAUUGCUAUAUGCUGCUACUGCACUGCAAGAGCAAACUUGGCCUGCCACCCGCUACAUCCCAGAUGAUUCAUUCGACGUUCGCAACCUUGCCUUCACCGAUUUGGACUUGGAUCAAGAUGAGCUUGGUGGUGUAUUGAGCUGGACGGAACACUCCUACAGGUACAAAGUCGAAAGCUACCACGUCUAUUUGGCCUCAGACGCAGCUGGAACCAAUCGAAAUAGGCUCACGAACGCGACAGGUGAGGCCCGCUUCACGACCACCUUUGACGUGCCAGCAGAUACAGCGGCGGUCGAUAGUGCUGGAGCCACAGCGACUCACUUCGUGGUGUACCAGCAAACCAGCUUGGUUGAAGAGACAACGCCUGCGGCUUUGGCCAUCUCAGACACUGGUAUCCAAGCCCAGCAGGUCCUGUUCACUGACUACGACCUGGACGUGAACGAACUAGGAGGGAACAUCAGCUGGCAGCAGCCAUCGCUGGAUACCAGCCUGAUUUCACAUUACCUGGUGUAUUUUUCGCUGGACAAUGCUGGCGCCAAUCGAUUUCAUUUCACUACCGUUGAGCAGGGCACAACUACAGAGGUGCAUGUGCCAGCAGACACGACCCGCUUGCACCCAGGAUAUUCCGAGAACAACACUGACUAUAUUUAUGACUAUGUGCUGGUCUACGCACAGUCCACAUGGGCAGAGCAGACCACGCCAGCAUACAUCAAGAUAGCGGAUGCGGAUAUGCCUGUCACAAAUGUUGUUUGGGUUGGAGAGGACUUGGACAUUGUGGACCUAAGUGGCACUUUGGAAUGGACACCUCCUGAGAAUGUUUCGGACGAAGUUAUCACGUAUGCCGUGUAUUUGGCAGACGACGCUGCUGGCUUGAACAAGCAACUGGUGAAUUGGACGGGUAGCCUCAGCGGCUACAAUCUCACCGAGUUGGAGGCAUCUGGAGCCUUGUCCUACAUUGAGCUUGGAGAGGUGCCUUAUGGCACCAACACCUUUGAAGUGCCAGUUGGUACUUUGCGGGACACCUUCUCGCAUUUUGUCGUAUUUUCUCGGUCUGCAUUGGCUGAAGCCACCACUCCCAGCUUCCUGUCUUUUGCCGGAGCAGCAGACAAUGCCUCGGUGAAGGAGGUGAAUCUCACCGACGAUGACCUGGAUGAUGGAGAUCUUGGCGGAGAGCUGGUUUGGCAGCUUCCAAGCAUACUUGGACGAGUGGUUGGAUACCGGAUCUAUGUGGCCGAGGACACUUCCAGCGCUGUACGCACGCAGAUCGACAGCGUAUCCGUUUCCAAAACCCAGUUCAUUGUGCCUGAGAACACGGUUGUUGCAGCCAACAGGUACAUCAACAUUCACUCGUACUCCUCGCUCGGGGAGCAGAGUACUCCGGUGACGCAUGAGUUCUACGACGCCUUUGCAAACAUCACAGACUUUUAUUGGACCGACCGAGACUUCGACCUUGGUGAGAUAGGCGGACCAUCUUUCUUCAAUCCACCGCCGUACAUCUACCGCACUGAGUACUAUGUGCUUUACUUGGCCCAGUCAGCUACCGGCGAAGGACGCUCACAGAUGGGUGCAGAGGUGCCAGUGGGCAUCAAUCGGGUGGACGUGUGGGUUGACACUCCCGUUGAGAACUGGACUCAUGUGCUGCUCUAUGUCCGCUCUCCCCUCUUUGAGAUGACCACUCCAUUUGUGCAGACGAUCUCGGACACUUAUCUCACAGUGGACACCAUGGAGUUCUUAGAUCAGGAUCUCGAUGUUGAUGAGCUGGGAGGCUACAUCACUUUUGCCCGCACUGAUGAGACCUUACUCACACACUAUGUGCUUUAUUGGACGGAACUUCCGAAUAUGACAGACGAGGAUACGGGAUCACGGCGGCUUUCCUAUGACAUGGAAGAAGAGGCCGAGGUACGACGACUUGCAGCGACCACUUCAAGCGUGACGACAAGCACUUCAACAAGCUCCUCCACCACAAGUUCCUCCAGUACAAGUUCCACAAGUACAAGUUCAACAAGUACAAGUUCCACAAGUACAAGUUCCACAAGUACAAGUUCCACGAGUACAAGUUCCACGAGUACAAGUUCCUCCAGCACAACCACAAGUUCUACUACGACUUCCUCUAGCUCCUCCAGUCUGACUACUUUCACAACAAGCUCUUCCACUGCCACCACCAUCACCGUGACCACAAGCUCCUUUACUUCAACUUCCACUUCUACCAGCAGCACUUCCACUUCCAGCUCCUCCACUUCGACAAGUUCCUCCACAUCUAGCUCGUCGACCACUUCUUCAAGCACAAGCUCAUCCAGUACAAGUUCGUCAUCCAUGUCCUCUUCAUCCUCUUCCUCCUCCUCUUCGUCAAGCUCAUCAAGUUCAAGCUCGUCGACAACGUCUACAUCCAUCACUGCUACCUCUUCAUCUUCAACAUCUUCAUCAACCACAUCUUCAUCAACCACAUCUUCAUCAACCACAUCUUCAUCAACCACAUCUUCAUCUUCUUCCACCACCUCCACUUCUUCAACAACACUUACUGCCACGACAAGCACAGUGUCAACUUCUAGCACCUCAAGCACAAGCACCACAUCCAGUACUAGCAGCUCUACAACAGCAACAUCUACAUCCUCUUCCACAACGUCCUCAACCUCGACCUCCUCCACGACAACAUCGUCGACGUCCACCAGCACCACCUCGACCAGUACCACAGAAACAGUGACCACCUCAACGGUUUCCUCAACAUCAACCACCACGUCUUCAUCAACAACAUCCACUUCUACCUCGUCCACGUCAACUUCCGUUUCAUCUUCAACAGUGACCACCACCAGCACAACCUCUUCAUCAACUACCUCCACAUCAACCACCUCCACUUCUUCUUCUUCCACAAGCUCAACGACCGUGACGCAAACAACGUCCACUUCAUCAUCAGUCACCAUCACAACUACGAGUGCUACAACCACUAGCUCGACGACCACAUCAACCUCGUCCACAUCCACGAGCACCACCUCAAGCAGCUCAACCACUUUGACGCACACAACCUCGACUUCUUCAACGGUGACCACAACAUCCUCCACCAUUUCUGUGACAACGUCCACCUCUUCGUCGGUCACGAGAACGACCUCAACAUCAUCAACCAUCACUCACACAACAACAUCUGCAACUUCGUCAAGCACAACAUCGACGAGCUCAAGCACCACCUCGACUAGCACAACCAGUACCACUUCAAGCUCGACGACGGCCACGUCUACCAGUACCUCAAGCACGUCUACCUCCACAACCAGUACUUCAUCAACCAGUUCCUCGUCAACAAGUUUUUCCAGCACAAGCACCACUAGCAGCUCGACAAGCAGCACUUCGACCUCUUCCAGUUCCACAUCUUCCACUUCGACGAGCAGCUCGAGCACCACCUCGUCCUCCACAAGCAGCAGCUCCACUACAACCUCAUCGACAAGUACGACCAGCGUAACCUCAACUACGACAACAACAAGUACCAGCUCGACCACAACAACAACCUUCCUGGGCAGACUUCUCAGAACCCAAGUGCUCUACAAUGGCAUUUGGGUUUGGCGCACCUUCCAUGAAGAGUUUGAGGUGAAUGAAACAUUGACCUUCGACAACGCCUCUUUGGUGCCGGCAGAUUUUGCGCUCCAGGAUUACACGCAUAUCAUGCUCUACUUGCAGUCCAGCUUCUGUGAGCAGAGCACGCCGCAGGUCAUCCCAAUUCGGGAUGCCAAGGCGAGCGUGUCCAAUGUGGCUUUCAUCGACAAGGACUUGGACGGGAGCGAACUGGGCGGCCAAAUAUCAUGGACGGAACCAACGGAUUUUGGUCCUGCUGGAGUGAACAGAGCACUGCGGUAUCGGCUUUACUUGGCAGACACAGACAUGGGAGUCAACAGGAUUCUGCUCAACUACCAGGUAAACUCCUUCCAAUACCUGCGUUUCACAGCCUCGAAGCUGCGGAAUGACACAUUUGCGGAAGGUGUGCAGCUGGCAGAGAUCAGUUUCCGCGUGGGAGGGGCCUGGACGUUGGACUUGAGCACUGCCACUGCGACCAACACAGGAUCAAGCCCUUCGGGUGAAGGAGCUGACCAGGCAAUUGAUGGCAAUUCUGCCACCAAGUGGUUUGACUACACCAGGUCAGCUUUGACCGUGCAGUUGGCAUCUCCUGCAAAAGUGGAGGCAUUCAGCUUCACCACAGCAAAUGAUGCGUCAGAUCGGGAUCCAAUCCAGUGGAUCCUGGAGGGUUCUGAGACCGGCUCCUACUGGUUCAACUUGCAUUCACAGAACACUGACUUUGCCACGCCAGAAACACGUACUACAAAUACCGGCUGGAUCUCUUGGGGUCAGGACAUUUCUUCAGAUGCCGUUGAAAUUGGUACCUCAGCGGUGGACUUGGCGCCGGAGUACUCGAACUAUGGGCGUCUCAGCAUGCUGGUUUAUACAGAGUCGUCAUUCGUUGAGCAGACUACUCCGGGUGCCUUUACUGUCACCGACCAGAACUCCACGGCGGAAGACGUGACCUUUGAAGAUCUAGACUUGGACUAUGGGGAGAUUGGAGGAACCCUACUGUGGUCUUCACCAACCAUGACCAGCGAGAUUGACCACUACGUAGUUUACUUUGCCGAGGAUGCUGUGGGCACAACACGCACGUUUUACACGAACACGACCUGGGAGUAUGAGAACGUGACAGUGCCCGCAGAGACAAACAGGUCUGAUCACACUUACUGGCUGGUUUAUACCGCAUCCAGCCUGGUGGAGCAAACAACCCCAGCGUAUCUGGCAAUCUUUGACAGAAAUGGCACAGUGUAUCAGCCCACCUUCACUGGCAAUGACUUGAACCUUGAUGUGCUUGAGGGCACGCUGUACUGGACGGCACAGGCAUCAAGCGACGAGCUUCGAGGAAUCCAGGACUACGUGGUCUAUUUGGCAAGCAGUGAGACAGGUGAUUCACGUUCUCAGGUCGAUUCAGUGGUCGUUGGCACGAACCAGCUGAGCCUCCCUACAAAUCUUCAGCGAAACUCACACACGCACUUCCUCGUCUAUGCAAGGUCCUCCCUGGCAGAGCAGACCACUCCAGCCUUCAUCUCUUUUGUGGAAGCUGCUGCUCUCUUCCAGGCAUCAAACCUGUUCUUCUCGGACGGUGAUUUGGAUGAGACUGAGCUUGGAGGGAAUUUGUCAUGGUCACUGCCAUCAGUCUUGGGUGACAUCACUUUCUUCCGAGUUUACUUCUCCACCACUGGAACUACUCAAGGAGAUGACACAACGUCAUUGCUUGAAGAGGUCGACGUGCCUUUGACUGAGAAGGUUAUUCCCACCGACACAGCGCUGCAGUCUUACGUGUACCUGGCCAUCACCUCCAACUCACCAACAACGGAACAACGCACUCCUUCCACAUGGUUGCUGUAUGAUGAAGUGGCCAGUGUUUCCAAUGUGAGCUUCACAGAUCUGGACUUGGAUGAGACAGAGUUGGCUGGGACGGUUUAUUGGGAUCCACCUGCUAGAACUGUGGCCGUCACAGCAUACCUGAUGUACCUGGCCCAAGACAGCAUCGGAAGUUGGAAGUCACAGAUUGGUGAAGGUAUUCCUCAUGUGGAUGGAGCAACACAGAUGGACAUCCCAGCAGACACCGCCAAAGGACACAAUACUGAUGUGGUAGUCUACACUCGAUCGUCUCUUGUGGAGCAAACGACCCCUGGGAGCUUCACUUUCUCUGAUACAAUCGCCUCUGUGUCAGCCUUGGUCUUUGCAGAUCUUGAUCUUGAUGUCCUGGAAGUGGGAGGCACCUUGGACUGGACCCCACCAGCCGAGCUUACCUAUGUCUCGGCCUUCCGGGUGUUCUUGGCAGCAGAUGCAAAUGGGACUGACAGAAUACAAGUUCUGACAGAUGUGGAUGUUUCGGGCACCAACUACAAUGCCAGUGAAAGCAACACGUUCAAUAUCCCGGCCAAUACCAAUUUCACAGGCUACACUCAUUGCCUGGUUUACACACGUUCUACACUCUUGGAGCAGAGUACCCCAACAAGCUUGCUGGUGGAAGACUUGGACGGCUCCGUCUCGCAAGUGGCCUUCAGUGACAAGGAUUUGGACACUGGAGAGCUGGGCGGCGAAGUAUCGUGGCAGCCUCCUGACAUUUUGGAUGGCCGGGUGCUCACAUACAGUGCCUACCUCUCCACUGAUGCUGCGGGUAGCAUCAAAUCUCUGAUUUCCAGUCUUCCAGUUGGGACCAACCUGGCAGCUCUACCAGCCGAGACGCCACUGGACAGCUUCAACUAUUUCACUGUCUACUCGGAGUCAUCUUUGGAGGCUCAGACAACGCCAACAUCACUUUUGAUUGAGGACUUUGACGGGACUGUUGCAAACCUGUCAUUCCCCGAGUGCGAUCUCGAUGCAGAAGAGCUGGGAGGCUACCUUACCUGGGAUUCGCCAUAUGACAUAGCUGAGGUUGCUCAUUAUGCAGUAUAUUUGGCCAUGGCUGGGGCAGCUGGGUGCGAUGGCUAUGGUGCAACAAGUUCUACCAGCGUAACUGAUCGGGCUCAAGGAUCCAAAGACACCAAGAGCGGAUGGUGCCGGUCGAUGUAUGCUUUGAAUCCGGUUGGAAACAACUCUGCCACACUGCCGGCAGACACUGUGCUGGAAAAUCUGACGCACUGGCUGGUUUAUUCCGCUUCCAGCUUGGUAGAGCAAAGUACACCUUCCAGCGUGGAGAUAGAGGACCACAAUGCUACAGUGGGCACUAUCAGCUUUGUCGGCACAGAUCUCAACAUGGAUGUGGUGAAUGGAAGCUUGGUAUGGCUACCUCCUGCAGAUCUUCAUUGCUUGGAGUAUUAUGUUGUCUACAUCGCCUCUGACACCUCGGGCACUGGUCGAUCUAAAUUGGGGGAGGCUCCUGUUGGCAGCAACUUCCUCGAGGUUGUGGAAGGUCAGGCCUAUGGAGGCUACACGCACUUCAUUGUUUACACGCGCUCCAGCUUUGUGGAGCAGACCACACCCAAAAGCCUUUCGUUUGCUGAAGCGACAGCAAAGUAUCAGGUUUCCUCACCUGCCUUUGUGGACUAUGACCUCGACGAAAGUGAACUGGGUGGCACAUUGAGCUGGUUGGCGCCGGAAGUCACCCUAACGGUCACUGGCUACAGAGUCUAUUUGGCAGAGGAUGCCAAUGGCACAAACAGGUCACUUCUGGGAGAACAAGUUGAAGGCUCAGACUACCUGACUGUGCCAGUGAAUACGCAACUCAUGAGCUUCAGCCACUUCCUCAUCCACUCAGUGUCAGCUUCUACCGAGCAGCGCACACCUGUGUCUCUAGCUAUUGUGGACUCAUGGUCGAGCGUGACUGGCCUUUUCUUCUACGACCAGGAUCUCGAUGAGAUGGAGUACGGUGGCUAUGCGAUUUGGUACGCUCCCACCACCAGUCUGGACCUCCUCCUGGGCUUGCGCAUGUACCUCAGCGACGCGUCCACAAACAUAGGAUCGGAGGUUCGCAGCCAGCUAGACGGAGAUUUUCCUGGCACCACCACCAUUCGGGAAAUUUACCCAGACACCCCGAAGGUGAAUGAGUCAUUCGGUGUCAACUUUUCCUACCUGCAGGUGGUGACAUUCUCCCUCCUCACGGAGCAGUCCCAACCUAGCUUCAUCGCCAUCUCCGACACUGCCGCCUCAGUCUCUGCCCUUAGCUUCUUGGAUUUGGAUUUGGAUGAGAGCGAAAUGGGCGGUACGCUGUAUUGGGAAGAGCCCAGCGACACUUCGCAGGUUGCCAGAUACCAUAUUUACAAAGCAGGUUAUGAUGACCAGAAUGGCACGAAGGAGGACUGGAGCCUAGAGAAUCGGGAGUUCAUCGUGAUGUUCAACCAGCCGGCAUGGUCCUUUUACUUUCCAAUUGAUUACGCUAUACAGACCUUCACUGAUGUGUUGGUCUAUGCAGUUGGCAAGUGGGGGCCACGUUACUACGAGCAGACAACACCUCAAGUGCUGAAAAUUGUCGACUCCAUUGCAAGUGUUUCCAACAUAGUCUGUGAUGAUCGAGAUUUGGAUGCCGAAGAGAUGGGGGGUAUUGUCACAUGGACUCCUCCAGAAGACGCAUCACUGGUGCUGGUGUAUCGUCUGUAUGGAAAUUCAGGAGGCACCAAAACACAGUUUGGAAGUGAUGUCGAAGUGGGCACCAACCACUCCGAGCUGUACAACUUCCCAACGAGCUUUGGCUUCCUGGAGAUUGUGACCGUGUCCUCUCUCACUGAGCAAAGCAGCCCCGUCACCUUGCCAGUCAGUGAUUCGGUGGCUUCAGUAGACAACAUUUCCUUCACCGACUACGACCUUGACUUCGGAGAUAUCGGGGGUACUAUUGCCUGGGACAAACCGGAAGAUGAAAGCAAGGUCCUACAGUAUGUGGUCUACCUUGCUGACAGCACGACUGGUGGAACUCUGGUUGACCUAGCAAACUUCUCGGAUCUUGGUGGCCGCGCUGAGCUAAACACUGUCCCGCAGGGGCAGUACAAUGCCAGUAUAGCUGUGAAUACCCAGGUUGGCUGCAGUGGGCUGCAAUGCGUGGGAACGCACCUGCUGGUCUAUACACAGUCGGAUUUCACUGAGCAGACCACCCCAGUAGCAUUCAGCUUCUACGACACUGACAGUCUGGUUGGAAACUUGACUUACAUCGGUCGAGAUCUUGACCUGGGAGAGCUUGGAGGAAUUGCAAUUUGGGAUCCUCCCUCGGAUCGCGAUCUCAUCAUCAGCUACGCUGUUUAUUUUGGACAGGAUUCGACCGGCUCUAGCAAAUCGCAGCUGGGAGUUGUUCCCUUUGGGACCAACGUGCUGGACAUUCCUCCAGAGAUACCGCAAGUGCCACACGAGUAUCUAUUGGUCUACAGCAGGUCAUCGAUUGCUGAGAUGACAACACCAGCCUUCGUCAAGCUGGAGGAUGCCGACGGCCUGGUGUCCAACGUGACCUUUGUCGAUCAGGACCUGGAUGAAGGAGAGCUCGGAGGUUUGAUUCAGUGGCGAGUGGCAGGUGAUGUCUUGGAAGUGACAAGAUAUGCUGUCUUCUUGGCAGAGGAUGUAGCUGGCAGCAACAGGUCAUUGUUGGGAUACUCAACUGGUGCUAUGGCCAACAGCUUUCAGGUGCCACCCGAGACUCCCGUCCAGUCGUUCACACACAUCACCGUCUUCGCGGAAUCCAGCCUAGUUCUUUCGACGACCCCUUAUGCUGUCAAGUUUUUUGACAAUGUGGCCAGCGUCACGGCACUAUUCUUCUUUGAUCGAGACGCAGAUGCUGAAGAGAUUGGAGGCCCCAUUUCCUGGUCUUUGCCUGCAGCACUCGAUGAGCUGGUGGGUUUCCGUGCCUACUUGGCACAGGAUGCCAUCGGUACAGGGCGUUCACAAAUCGGCUAUCAGAUGGACUGGAACUGGACAAUGGUGGAUUUGCCCUCAAACACGCCGGUGGAGGACUACACGCACAUUCUGGUCUAUACUGUCUCCAAUCUUGUGGAGCAAACUACCCCUGUGGCCACAAACAUCGAAGAUGCAGGUCUUAUUGUUUCGGAGGCUGGCUUUGAGGAUCUUGACUUGGACCUUAUGGACAUUGGUGGCCCUGUUUCCUGGAACCUCUCAGGCAACGUGUCUGACAUCACUGCCAUCACGUGGCGUGGCGACUACGACAUCAACGGUCACAUCAACAUCAAGUACGCGCACAUCGACCACUACUUCUACAUCCUCUACCACAUCCAAUAUAAGGCUCGAACCUUCUUCGCUGACCAAUCAGUCCCAGCCGCGGCGCUGAUAGCAGAUACAUCAUCCAGUGCAUCUGGACUCGUGUUCAUUGAUUUGGACCUGGAUGAGUAUGAAAUUGGUGGAGUCUUUUUGUUUCAGCCUCCUUCAGAUGUGACGUAUGUCGAAACAUACCAAGUGAAGCUGACAUAUAGCAAUCCCACUGUUGUACAGCAGCUUGGUGGAUCGUUGACAGUCCACAGCACCGCGAUUGCCGCAGAUACUUGGAUCGACGACUUCACGCACCUUGCUGUCUACACGAGGUCUUCUUUAGCAGAGCAGACUACCCCAGUGACUUUGCUGUUCAACGACACGUCUGCCCCGGUUGUGGAGCUGCACUUUCCAGACCUGGAUUUGGACUUGGGGGAACUUGGUGGAGACCUGCUGUGGCAAGACCCUGUAGAUGACAGUUUGGUCGAGAACUACAGCGUCUACAUAGCAAAAGUUGUGGCAGAAGCCGAACCCUGUGUAGACAGCUUUGGGGAUUCGAGUGACGAGGCUACAUUGGCUAGUGUGGUCCCAUACGUCUUCAGCAAUGGCAGUGAUGUCGGCACUGUCGCAAUUGAUUCCAACAGCACUCUUUUGUGGUGCCGAUUCAAGUUGGGCACUGUCCCUGUGAUGACCAACAACUGGACUAUAGCGGCUGAAACCUCGAUCACUACUUGGACUCACUUUUUGGUCUACUCUAGGUCAUCCUUACAGGAGGCUAACACACCAACAGCGCACAGGAUAUAUGAUGUGGAUGCGAGUGCAUCAGCGCUGAACUUCAUUGGACAAGACUUGAAUCUGGAUGAUUUGGGAGGAAAUCUCAGCUGGAGCCCGCCAGUGGAAUCGCCCCUGGAGGGCUAUGUGGUGUACUUAGCGAAUAGUGCCACAGGUGCUGGGAGGGUGUGGAUUCGGUACUUUUCGAGACCAAUAGCACCAACCACGACUACAACGACCUCAGACUCGAAUUCCUCCGACGAUUCAAGUGAUCCAAACAUGUCAUCCAGUGACACCAAUGAAACCAGUGACAGCAGUGAUUUGAUAACUGGCGACGAUGCUGAUGCAUUCGACAUGACUUACUACGAAGUCACACCAGUGGGCACCAACUACAUAUCCAUCCCAGAAGGCACUCGCGGAGGCGGAAGCUAUUCACACUUCCUGGUCUACACCAAGUCAUCUCUUGCAGAGCAGACUACACCUGCUUUCCUGACCCUUGCAGAGGCGAGCCUUCGGUUUGUGGUGCCCAGCCUGAGCUUUAUGGACUACGAUCUGGAUCAGGAACAGAUUGGGGGGACCCUGGUCUGGACUGCGCCGCCUGUCAUUGGUGACAUUAUGACGUAUGAGAUCUACUUGGGCUUGGUGGAUGAUCAAAACCGCAGCAUAAACCGCAGCUUGCUGGUAUCGUUGCCGUAUGACCAGCUUGUGUUCGAGGUUCCACCAGACACUGACGUGAAUGACACAAGCCACAUCCUGAUUCACACUGCCUCGGAGACGAUUGAGCAUCGCACCAGUGUGUUCUUCGAGUUCUUUGAUGCGAUUGCGAGUGUGACAGGCGUCAGCUUCACCGACCUUGAUUUGGAUGAAGAUCAACUGGGUGGGACAUUGUCUUGGACAAAUCCAGUGGUGCCAGAUCGCGUGCAGGUGUAUCAGAUAUUCUUCAGUGAGAGUGAGCAGGGCUCCGAGCUCUUCCAAUUGGGCCCUGACCUCUCAACAGGCAUUCGGGCUGUUGCCUUGUCGAACACGGAACGGAGGAGUGGCUCCACACACUUUGCGAUAUACACCAAGUCAUCCUUGCAAAGACAGACGACUCCGGCUGCUUUGCUCAUCAGUGACACCGUGGCAAGCGUGACGAAUGUCUCCUUCCCAGAUGAGGAUUUGGAUGCCCUAGAAAUUGGUGGCUUGCUUUCUUGGACGCUGCCAGCAGAAGUGACCUAUGUGACGGAGUACCGGAUCUAUUUGGUGUCACGAAUUCCGGAGGUUGAGUUUGAGUAUCGCAGAAUUCCGUUCAAAACCAGACAGCUGAUGAGCAUAGAUGAAGUCAACGAUACUAGCAACACGAGCUCCAAUCUCACAAGCGAGGAGGGCGAUUUAAGUGAUUCCACGAAUGUCGUCGCAGCGAAUCAAAGCAACGAAACAGAAGUGGCCGAGGUUACCAGUGCUGUUGUCUCCACUUCCUUGAUGUUCUACCUGAGCAAUGCCACAGCACAGCAGAUCCAAGUGGCCUUAGAGGCAACUAUUCAACGAGUCCUGCUAGUGCCUACCAGCGCAAUCCUGGUGCAGGUUUCGCAGGUUGCACGGCGUUUGGCCGCUGCACGACGGCUGUCGCAACUCUGGCACGCCACCAUCGAUGUGGAGGUCGAUUCGUUGAAGGCUUCAUCAGCUGUUGAUGUCUUGAAUGCGACAAGUGGCAACUUUACAAGCUUCGAGGAUAUUUUGACGGAAGAGCUAGACUCGCAAGGGGUGGCUCCUGCAGAGGGUGGCUUGAACAUUAUAUCCUUCGCAUCGCCUAGUGUAAGCCUCGCACAGAUUACCACCAUCACGAGCUCGACGAUGACUAGCACUUCCUCUACUGUCACCACUGGAACCAGCACUUCAUCUACAGCGACAAAUACCAGCACGACCACCUCCAGCAUGACGAGCACAACAACGAGCUCGACUACAACGACAACCACAACCACAACAAUUGAAUACUGGCUUCGGUGGCUUUUUGCGAAUGUCACAAAUGAUGUAGACAAUGUUUCCAUCCCGGCUGACUUCGCACUGGAUAACUUCACGCACAUCUUGAUCUACACUACAUCAGAGUUGGAGGAACAAACAACACCCACCGUCAUCUCAAUCCAAGACCUGAAUGCCUCCAUUUCGGACCUCAACUUCAUUGACUUGGACUUGGAUGCUGGACAGUUUGGUGGGAACUUGAGCUGGUCAGAGCCAGCUGAAAUCGACCUGGUGCAUCACUACAACGUCUACCUUGCGACAUCUCCUGAAGGUGAUGGCCGGACAUCGGUCACUUCUGCAUUGCCAGGAGCACCUGUUGCUUUGCUUCCAGCAGACACAGCUGUGAACUCCUUCACUCAUUUGCUGGUCUACACUGCUUCGGGUCUAGCGGAGCAAACAACGCCUGUGGCCGUCCUCUUGUCAGAUGUGGUGGAGGUGGCUGGGAAUUUAUCGAUCUUUGACUUGGACCUCGACCUGGGCGAUUUGGGUGGUGAAAUCAGCUGGACCAUGCCUCAGGAUGAACUAGCAGCCCUCAUCUCCGAGAGCAAUCUCUACUUGGCGGCUCUCCCAGACGAAGGUGGUUUGUGCAACUCUUCUGACCUCUUUGACAAUACAUCGACGUGGAGCUGUGGGGCAGACGGAUUUGCAUGCUGCCUGCGAGUGCCUGUUGCCAGCUUCACACCAGAGGAGGCCAACUACUCUCUGGCGGCGAAUACUCCGAAGGAGUCCUUCACACACGUCCUCCUGUACCUCAGGUCGAUCUUGGCGGAGCAGUCCACACCAGCCACACAUCUUAUCUAUGAUGCAUCAGCGAGUGUGACUGGCGUGGCAUUUCAGGACUUGGACCUGGAUCUCUACGAGUUGGGCGGUGAAGUCCAGUGGCAAGCACCCAGCUCUAUGCGAGUUCAGGACUACCUCCUCUACCUCUACGGGUCUUCUGGCAGGUCACAGGUUGGUGCGGUUGCCCCCUUUGGCACCAAUGCGAUCGUUGUUCCCAGCAAUACUUUGCCUGGGGAUUUCGACCAAUUUGCUGUUUACACGCGGUCCAGCCUGGUCGAGCAGAGUACUCCGGUGAGUAUCAGCUUCUCAGACACUAGCGCCUAUGUCGAGAACCUGACAUUUCCAGAUCUCGACCUUGAUGCCAGCGACCUUGGGGGUACCCUCAGCUGGGAGGAGCCCACGGACUCCUCUUCGAUUAGCCACUACGAGGUCUAUGUUGCCAGAACAUUGGCAGACAUCAGUCCAGCUGCCGUGGUUCUUCUUUGUAGCCCAGAGGAGUUGCAGGAGGGGCAAGACACCAGUGUAUGUCCAUGCUGA